AAAUUUGUUUGACAUACACAUAAAUCACAUUAUUGUUGUUGUUUAGGGAGCGCAAGGAUUUGUUCUAAUAAAAGGAAGGAUCGAAAUCGAUUUUUUAUUCGGAAGAAAAAUUCUCCUAGUCCAUCACGCUCUUUUUAAAACAAAACAAGUUCAAAGAGAGAAACAAUAAUAGAAAUUGAAAUUAUGGAUGUACUACAGGAUGAAGUGGAAUCAUUGGAAGCAAUUCUCAUGGAAGACGUUAACAUUAUUAAAAAUACUCAAAGUGGUGUUGCAGAAGUAAUUGAAACAACUGUGUUUCCAGUAAUGGGCGAUAGCUCGGAGCAGUCGAUAUGUGUUACUUUACAAGUAUUACCAAAAGCUGGGUAUCCUGAUGUCAGUCCAGAGUUCAAACUGUUGCGUCCGCGCGGAUUAGAUGACGCACGUCUUAAUGAAAUUAAAGCAGCAUGUAGUGCCAAAUUGUUGGAAUCUCUUGGUUUUCCAAUUGUAUUUGAUUUAAUUGAGGUUGUGCGUGAAAAUUUAACUGAUAGUCAUUUACCAAGCGGCCAAUGCGUUAUAUGUUUGUAUGGCUUUUGCGAAGGCGAUGAAUUUACCCGGACGGAAUGCUUUCACUAUUUACACAGCUACUGCCUAGGUAGGCAUUUAAACGCUUUGCGUCGUAACUAUAGAGAAGAGUUCGACAAGUUGCCGGCUUGGCUGCAGAAGACGGCUGAUCCAUUCCAAGCAGCAUGUCCAGUGUGUCGUGAACCAAUUAAAGACGAAGCUGAUAGUUUAAAAUGUGCAAUGCCACCAACUGAGUUAGAAAAUGCUCCAGAUUUUAAGGUGACUCGAGAACUUCAAGAGUUACAACAACGAAUGUCUAGUCUCUUUCUGCAACAAAAAAGUCGUGGUGCUAUAAUAGAUAUUGAGGCUGAAACUGCAGCUGUAAUUUCAAUAGAAACUGAAGCAGAAAUGCGUAGACGGCUGCAAAGAAAGGCUGAAGCAGCUAAUGUAAGAGAAAACAGCACUAGCAAUGCUACUGCGAGAGAUGUCAAUGAUAGCGUAAGAUGCAACGAAAAUUUACAAAACGAUGGUGCUAAUAAUAUGACUGAUUCAAAGAAGGAAAAUAUGACAAAACCAUCUAGCAGUGCUUCGCCAACCGGUACACAACCAAUACAACGUGAGCCCAACGAGCUAACAAAUAAUUGCCAUCAGCAUCACAAUCGACGUCACUAUCGUGGUGGCCGGCGUCAUCAGCAUCAUCAUCACCAUCACCGUGACAGAGAAGGCGAUCGCGAUCGCGAAAACAAUCAUUCCGGAGUUGCUACUAAUUCAUCAACAACAAAUACCAAUGUAAAUGGUAGCAAACAUUCAAAAUCUCAAAACAGGUGACAAUGGGCGCUGGUCACAGCAACUGAGGCUAUACCUUUAUUGUGCGGCGCAACCAAAUUAAACUUUUCAAACAAUGUAUUCUUUUGUGCAUCAUUUAGUGAUAAGUUUUCUGGUUUCUAUGCAUAUAAAACAAUUGAAAAAUAUGGGUGCUAAUUUGUUACACCACCAAAAACCUUUA